AUGUUGCGUUCAAGACAACUCAAACAAUUUGCUGCACAAUGUCUUGCUGAACUUUUCGGAACAUUUAUUAUGAUCUUUAUUGGUAAUUUAUCUGUGGCUCAAUAUACAUUUACUAAGCCACGUAUUAAUAGCAAUUUUGGUAUUAAUCUAUCCUAUGCAACUGGAGUUUAUGCGGCUCUAAUGGUAGCUGGUCCUAUAUCAGGUGCUCAUCUUAAUCCAGCUGUAAGUCUUGGUCUACUUUCAUUACGUAAAAUGAAAGUUACUCAAUGUUUAUUCUAUAUGGUUGGUCAAACAGUCGGUGCUUUUCUUGCUUCUGCUAUGGUUUAUUUUGUUUAUAUUAGUCACUUUAAUCUCUAUGAUGGUGGUAUUCGACAAGUUGAAGGUCCAAAUGCAACAGCGGGUAUAUUUUAUACAAUACCAGCAACAGGUGUUCCUAAUUGGAAUUGUUUAAUUGAUGCAGUUGUUGGCACUGCUCUUUUACUUACAUUUAUAAUGGCACUUGGUAAUGAUUAUAAUGAUUUAAUAUCAAAUGCAGCUAAACCAUUUGCAUUUGCACUUAUGAUAACUACAUUUGGUUUUUCUAUGAGUCUCAAUUGUGGAAAUCCAAUUAAUCCAGUACGUGAUUUCGGUCCACGUCUAUUUGCAGCUUUUAUCUAUGGUUUCAAAGUAUUUCGUGUAAAUAAUUAUUAUUUUUUGGUAGCUAGUAUUGGGCCAAUUAUAGGUGCUCUUAUUGGUGUUUGGAUUUAUGAAGGUUAUUUAAUCUUAAUGAAAAAAUAUGCUAAUUUACCCGGUAUUAUACAUGUUGAUGCUAUUGAACAACCUGCUGUAAGAGGACAAUCUAUGUCACAUCAUAUGAUAACACAACUAUCUUCUGAAACCACAGUGUCAACGUAA